UUUAUUCCGAAAAAGUGAGGCGUAUUAUUCGUUGUGUAGGGGAUUCACAGAUACCUCUUGGGGUUCACCGAUCGACUUCUUCGUCAACAAAAGCGCUCAAAAUGAGAAUUUUAUUCAGUAUUCUAGUAGCCUCACUACGAUUUACUGUAAUUUUUACCAUGACAAACAUAAGUGAAAGUGAUAACUACAUACGCGACCGUGAGAGAAUUCUAAAAUUAGAACAAAAAACAUUCGUAGGAGGUGAAUUAAAUUUAACGCUGAAAGAAAAAUUGGUAGACGACGUUAUUCUAAAAAUCAAGAAAAGUGAAUUAGUGAAAGGAUACGAAAAUGUGUCAAAUUUUUUACCAUCGCAGCAUUUUUUUAACGUUAAAGAUAAAAUUAACCAAUCCGAAAUGUUUUCAAUAAUUAAAAAACUUCCAAAAGGUGGAGCGUUACAUACGCACUUUUUAGCUGGAGUUUCAACAGAUUACAUCAUAAAAAAUGUAACCUAUAAAAAUAAACUUUAUGGUGGUUGUGUAAACGGAGUGUUUAAGUUAAAAUUUUUUGAAGACGGCGAUCCUAACAUAGAUUCGAUUUGGAAAAAAAUUGUCGAAUACAGACAAAAUGACACGAAUUUUGAUGUAUGGCUAAAAGAUCAGCUUUCAUUAGAAGUUCCAAACCCUUCUGAGGUAUAUCCUACGGCUAACUCAAUAUGGACAAAAUUUAAAAAGACUUUUACUGUUCAAUACGACAUGAUCUGUUACAAACCAGUGUUUGAAGAAUAUAUUUAUCAGCUAUUAAAAGAACUUUAUUUAGAUAACGUUAUGUAUUCCGAACUUAGAGGUACAUUCAUGCCUCUGUAUGAACUAAAUGGCACUACCUAUAAUAAUGAAGAUUUCAUUAGAAUAUUUAUAAAGACUGUAGAAAAAUUUAAAAAAGAUCACAUCGACUUUAUAGGUGUUCGGUAUAUUCAUAAUUUAUAUCGUGGGGUUUCCCCAGAUGAUUUAAAACGUGAUUUAAAAGAUCUGGUAGAAUUGAAAAAUAAAUAUCCUAGUUUUAUCAGCGGUUUUGACUUUGUAGGUUACGAGGAAGAAGGUCACACUUUAUUUGAUUUUCACGAAGUUUUACUUGAAUUUACCAAUGACUUAAAAUUCUUUUUUCACGCCGGAGAAAGCAACUGGUUUGGACAUACCGAUAUUAACUUACUAGAUGCUAUUUUACUAAAUGCUAGCAGAAUUGGUCAUGGCUUUGGUUUAAACAAACAUCCUCAACUACAGGAACUCGUUAAAGAAAAAAAUAUAUGUAUAGAAGUGUGUCCUAUUUCCAACCAAGUUUUAAAACUAAUAGACGAUUUAAGAAAUCAUCCAAUGAUCACUUUGAUGUCUAAGGGAUUCCCCGUUGUAAUUUCCAAUGAUGAUCCUGCUGUUUGGGGAGCGACAGGUUUAAGUAAUGACUGGUAUGUAGCAUUUAUGGCAAUGACGCCCGAAAAUGUAGGUGUUAAAGUUUUGAAGCAGUUUGCGAUUAAUUCAAUAUCAUUCAGUGCCAUGGAUGAGGAAGAAAAAACCGCAGCUAUGCAGAAAUGGGGAAAACAGUGGGAAACAUUUUUAGAUAACAUGCUUUUAGAGUAUAAAAACUUUUAGUUAAUUUCUAGCAAUAAUUAUAAAAUAGGCAAUUAAAUCAUUUAAAUUGGUAUAUUUUU